UCGAAAGCUCGGCAACCUCUCAUAUUCCAUCAAGCCGAAGGGAUUGGAAGGAUUCGUUCAUUCUUCACAGUCAGCCGAGACCGUUGGUACGGUUAUCGUCUCCAUUUGCGGAAAGGCUGAGCACAACCCUCGAUCUCGGUCGAGCUUUUCUGCAACUAUCAUCACUAAAUUCUAUCCUUAUAAGCAUGUCAACCCCAACAUCUUCCUCGUCCUUUGCGUUGGCGAAAGUUCUUCCCUCGUCGGUCACGGCAUGGAUGGCCGAUCGCCCACACGCCGUCGACACGAUCAUGUUGUUUGUGGCCUUCCAGAUCGCCUACGCCGCGACGAAUCCCAGCAUACAGUGGCAGUACAUGGCGAUUUACGGUCUCGGUCUGUUGCUCGUAACGAAGGUGGCUCAUUCGCCCUUGGAGUUCUUCAAAGGUGGGAUCGCUGACACGGCUACCGAUCGCAGUUCCUACGCAAUCUUGGCUGGUAGUACCUUUAUCAGUUGGAUCUUUGCCAAGAGCAUCCAAAACGCCAGUAUCCUCGGAGCCAGAUACGGUAUCCUCGGCGGCUUUGCCUACGGCACUUGGUACAUAGCCUUCCUUUCCGUUGGCGUUGUUUGCUACUAUUUGCGAACCAAUCAGGGCUAUACAUCCCUGCAAGAAGCAAUCUUUGAGCGUCUUGCUGUACUUUUUCGUCUCUACCAAGAAAUCUGGAGCAACUCGCUCGUGGUGGCUUCUUUCUACGGCGACUACAAUACGGCUUCCUGGUGGAUUGCGGCUCUUUUGUCCACAUUCAUUCCCUUUGUCUACGUUUCCUUGGGAGGACUCCGGUCCUCGCUAAUCUCCGACGUCAUUCAAGCUCUUCUAGCUGUCAUUCUUCUGGUGACGGUACUCGGUGUGAUUGGCAAGCAAGUUAACGAACUGUCAGACGAGUGUGAGGUCGCUGGACGGGGCGACUGCAACCUAUUCCAGUGGGAUACCAACGUGGGCGUUGCUACCAAUACUUUGGAAGGGGGUUGGGACUUGGCGAUAGUCGGCUUGAUUCAGGGAUUGUUCAGCUAUCCUUUCUUUGAUCCAGUUCUCACGGACCGUGCCUUUUUAGCGAGCCCUAAAACAAUGUUGCGAGCCUUCCUUACUGGCGGCGUCAUUUCCUUCCUGUUUAUAUUUUUCUUCGGUUUCAUUGGCAUUUUCGGCAAUCUUGCUGCAACCGUGGAUGAGACAAUUGACCCUGCUCUCCUUACCGGAAUUAGCACGGGAAUUCCUGCCGACGUGGCUCGCUACCUCGGUACCGGCGUCUUUACCAUUACCAAUAUUAUUUUCAUGACAACUUCUAUCAGUACGCUGGAUUCGGCGUUUGCUUCGACGGCCAAACUUUUUGCCGAGCUACGCACAUUCUUUUGGAAAUGGAAGCCGGAAAAACUCGCCAACGUAACCGAUCAACACGUUGCGCUGGGCCGCUUUGCUAUUCGUUUUAUUGCCCUCUUGGGCACUUUACCUUUGUUACAGGACCCCAGUGCCCUCGACGCGACGACGGUCAGCGAUUGGCAACACCUCACUGUCGGCGAGGGAUCGUACGCCAAACUCCUAUGGUUCAAUUUAGUUGGCUCUGUGGCUACCUUGGGAGCUUUUGUCGUUUUCUUUGGCCUAGAAAAGUAUGUGCUCUCUAAAGUGGUUCCCUUGUACGCUUGGCACGCUCAAGUCCUCGAAGUACACGAGGGGAAGUCGGUGCACGGGAUGGGCAACGAUGAGCUGUCACACAAGUUGGAUCGAUCCAACGAAGAUCACGACAAAGAAUUGGAGAGCAUCGACAGCAGUAGCGAAGAAGUCGCCUCGGGUGGGAGCGCUGGAGAAGAAGACAACGACACGAGCACCAAGCUGGAGGCCGACAAAGUUUGAAACGUGAUGGCCGGGAAUUGCUGGUGUUGGCCUACGGAAGCAGUGCACGAAUGCAAGCAGGUUAACGACAGUCAACAAACAUAAAUGUGUUUGUAUAUACAUUACCGAUUUACAAUACAAAGCUAAAGCUUGUAGAGUUCUAUAGAAAUCGUCAAUCAAUCAAGUGCAAUCAUAGUCCAAGAGCUUCUUUUUGUAGUCGAAAUAGGUCAACGGCCGCCUCGUAUAGCGCCAUGUCGAGCUCAUUGUGUUUCCGAAUGAGCUGUGCGGUUGCGUCGUCGGGUCGCGACGGCAAGUCCCAGUGCGUGCUACCACUUCGGUCCCUUGCGUUCCCGGUACGGCUUCCGCAAUGAUUGUUUUGUGGCGACGCGUUGGAGUGCGGCAAGCCGCACACGGUGCCGUUCACGUCCGUGGCCAACCAGGGAAAAACGCGCCCCACCAUGGCGGCGGUCGUGUUCAACUCUUCCGUCAGGCCCACCAUAGUAAAGAAAUCGUGCAUGUUGCGAAUCGCUUCCGAUAUGAUUUGCUGUCGUUGUUGCGGAGUCCCGCGGGCUGUGGCGAUGGUGGUUUCGUUGAAAUUUGUCGAACUCAGGAGAUUGUUGGUUUGGUGAUUCUGCAGUUGCAGGGCACACAUCCGAUCAAGAGUGGAGUUACCGCUGUCGAUUUCCGCGUAGACGUCCUUCAGAUCCCGACAGCCGUAACACGCUUUGGUUCGGAAGCGAUACAUGCUCCAGACACGGUCUACGGGAUGACGCAGGACGGUCACGGCCCGAAUGGGCGUCGUAUCAGUGGAAGGAACGAUACCGCCUUCCUCACCAUUAUCGGAUCCACCACUGGUGGUCCGAGUCCACUGAAACGUAGUCAGAUCGCGGAGCGGGGCACAGUAACUCAUAAUAGCGGCUUCUUGAACCUUUCCGACACACUGUGUAUCGUCUCCGGACAAACAGCGCGCGUAACGCGCCGCACUGCAUUCGUGUAUGUUUUGGUAAGGAAGUGUCCCGUGUUGCGAUCGAUAGCGUUGCAUAGCGCAGCGAAUCAGUCCAUCCAUCGAGGUCCCACCCGUCUUCAUGUGGUGCAGGUGCAGAAAUUGUCGCGGUUGUACGGGGCCUUCCUCCGUGUCGGACGUGCGUAACAGAUCGUGCGGUAUCCCCAGUUUGGCUCGGAGUUGCUCCACGACUUGUUGUCCCUGGGUAUUACCAUCCGGAUCCAAAGGCACCGCCUGUGCGAGUGUCUCGGAAACGGUGGACGGCUGGUAGAGACGUGUGGGUGUGGAAGAAGAGAAUAUAUGUGUACGCGAUUGGUACGUGGCAAACAAGACAGCCAGCGAUACCGCGAAGGUAGCAACGGCCACGACGGGACGCAUCGGAAGUGUGACCAGUCUCGUACGGUGUGGCACAGAACGCCGUCGUUGGAGACAGGAAUGGGGUGGACAGUAAUGAACAAGGCAAGCGAGAUUUGUGUAGCAGCUUC